AGAGACAAAGGGUCUUCGUAUCACUUGUAUGAUAUAUUGACCAAAUGAUUACAGAGCUGGAAAGCACUGAGGUAUGUCUCAAAUGGUUUGUUGACUUUUAAGGUGAGCAUCAGGUGUUUUGUUGCUGAUUUGUGAAUUUGAAAAGAGCCAAACUGCUACCAAAAAAAGGAUCGGCACCAACGAGGGGUGUUAGAAGAAGAAGAUGGUGAUAAGAAAAAGAAUACACGCAUGAUCGAUGACGUCUUGGCUCAGCCAUGGCUGCUGUGUCAUGGAAAGAGGUUUUGCUUUUGACUGGACUGGUGGUGGGAUGUUACUGGAACAGUCUGUUGUGUGGUUUUGUGUUUGAUGACGUCUCGGCCAUCCUUGACAACAAGGAUCUAAGACCCUCGACACCAUUCAGGAAUCUUUUCCUAAAUGACUUUUGGGGAACUCCCAUGGCAGAGGAGCGUAGUCAUAAAUCCUAUCGGCCUCUGACGGUGCUCACCUUCCGACUCAACUACCUCUUCAGUGAGCUGAGUGCUGCCUCCUACCAUAUGUUCAACGUCGUGCUCCACGCCGUCGUGUGCGUGCUAUUCCUGAGGGUGUGUCGCUUGUUCCUGGACAGGACAUCCAGUUUGGUGGCGGCGCUGCUCUUUGCUGUGCACCCGAUUCACACGGAAGCUGUGACAGGCGUGGUUGGCAGAGCUGAGCUCCUGUCUUCAAUCUUCCUCCUUGCUGCUUUUCUGGCCUACACUAAGUCCACAGGUGCUGACCACUCCAUUGUUUGGGCUCCCAUCGCUCUGACAGUUGUCUUGGUGGCCGCAGCAACACUGUGCAAAGAGCAGGGCAUCACUGUGGUUGGCAUCUGCUGCGUCUAUGAGGUCUUUGUCGCGCAAGGGUUCACCUUGCCCAUGCUGCUGGACACGCUGCGGCAAGUCGUGCAGGGCAAAUGCGCGUUCCCCUACGCUGUCCUCCAAAUGCUGCUGAAGCUCAUCGUCCUUGUCAUAAGUACGCUGCUGCUCGUCAUCGUCCGCGUCCAGGUCAUCCAGUCUCAGCUUCCCGUCUUCACCAGAUUUGACAACCCGGCAGCCGUCAGCCCCACCCCCACCAGACAGCUGACCUUCAACUACCUACUUCCUGUCAACGCCUGGCUGCUGCUCAACCCCUCUGAGCUAUGCUGUGACUGGACCAUGGGCACCAUCCCCUUAGUGGAGUCUGCCCUGGACCGACGAAACCUGGCCACCUUGGUCUUCUACGUCUUUCUAGGCCUGCUGGGGUAUCGCAGCAUCACCUGCAGGCACAGCUCCGCCAAGACUGUUGUCAUGGCCUUGUCUCUGAUCGUCCUUCCCUUCAUUCCCGCUUCCAACCUCUUCUUCCCUGUGGGGUUUGUGGUGGCAGAGAGGGUUCUUUACGUUCCCAGCAUGGGCUUCUGUGUGCUUGUUGCACACGGAUUCAAGAUCGCCUCGCAUAAAGGAUAUCUGAAGAAGAUUUCCUGGUUGAUGUUAGGAGUUCUGUUAACCACGCACGCAGUGAAGACCUUCAACAGGAAUUGGGACUGGGAGUCAGAAUAUACUUUGUUCACAUCUGCUCUGAAGGUGAACAAGAACAACGCAAAGCUGUGGAAUAAUGUCGGCCAUGCACUGGAGAACCAAAACAAUUACGCCAGAGCACUGCGCUAUUUUCUGCAGGCCACCUUUGUGCAGCCAGAUGAUAUCGGUGCGCACAUGAAUGUUGGACGAACCUACAAGAACCUGAACAAGUCCAAAGAGGCAGAAGAUGCUUACUUAGUUGCCAAGUCCCUCAUGCCGCAGGUCAUCCCUGGUAAGAAGUACGCCACACGCGUGGCCCCUAACCAUCUCAACGUGUACAUCAACUUGGCCAACCUGAUCCGCGCCAACGAAUCCCGACUGGAAGAGGCUGACCAGCUCUACCGACAAGCCAUCAGCAUGAGACCUGACUUCAAGCAGGCGUACAUCAGCAGGGGGGAGCUCCUGCUGAAGAUGAACAAGCUCACAGAGGCAAGGGAUGCCUACCUGCGCGCUCUGGAGCUGGACCGCUCCAACGCCGACCUGUGGUACAACCUGGCGAUCGUCAACAUCGAGAUGAAGGAGCCCUCGGAGGCUCUGAAGAACUUCGACCACGCCCUACAGCUCAGCCCGCGACACAAGCUGGCGCUCUUCAACUCAGCCCUCCUCAUGCAGGAGUCAGGCGAGCCCAAGUUCUGGCCUGAGGCCAACCGUCGUUUCCUGACCUAUGUGGAGGAGGAGCCUUACGACGCCAAUGGCUACUUCAACCUGGGCAUGUUGGCCAUGGACGCCAAUGAGAACGCGGCGGCUGAGCGCUGGAUGCACAAAGCCAUCUCUCUGCAGGCGGGCUUCCGGUCGGCCCUCUUCAACCUGGCUUUGCUUUACUCACAGUCCAAACGCGAGCUGGACGCACUGCCUGUGCUGGACGAGCUACUGAGCCACCACCCCGAGCACGUCAAGGGCCUCAUCCUGAAGGGCGACAUUCUCAUGAACCACAAGAAGGACACACACGGCGCCAAAGCCUGCUUUGAGCGCAUCCUGCAGAUGGACCCCACCAACGUGCAGGGCAAGCACAACCUGUGCGUGGUCUACUUCGAGGAGCGCGACCUGCCGCGGGCCGAGCGUUGCCUGGAGGAGACGCUGGCCCUGGCGCCCAACGAGGAGUAUGUCCGCCGCCACCUGAACAUUGUCAGAGGCAAGAUGGCGGCUAUGAGCGUGGCAGGACAUCCGCUCACUCCCACCACAGAGGGAGCGGCUGAAAGGGAGAAGCCUCCGCUAGCAGAGGCGGAGAAGGAAAGGCGGAGUCCAGAUGCCAACGCAAACGCAGCCAGUGGCGGCGAGAAGAAUGGGAGGAAAUCCUCGUCAGAAAACCAUAUGGGUGUGGACCAGUCAGAGCUGGACGCAAGGCAGUCUGAGAAACGGACUCAAGCCAAGUCCGCUAACGAGAUCAACGACAUCGAGCAGAAGCGUGUGGCUGCCUUGAAGAGGCUGGAGGAGAUCGAGCGCAUUUUAAGCGGCGAUUGACGCAACUCUUCUUUUAGAUUUAGCCCCAACUAUUUUUAUACAGAAGUCUUUUUAAAAAUGAAAAACAUGUAUUAUUAAACAUUUCAAUUUCAACGCCAAUGUGUGUGCGAAAGGCCUCAAAAAGCACAAAUGAGUUGGUGAUUUUAAGAUUUAGCACAAAGAGUCAUUGUUUAUCACUGGAUGUUAUUUUGUACCAAGACCCACUUUCUCUGCUGUUUUCUUCAAGUCACACACGCACGCUAGGACUGUAGCGAGGACAAUUCAAGGAAACGGUGAUGUUGAUGAUGAAGGCCUUCUCCAGAAGAGCAAAACAUCCUCCUCACGGCCGGCCUCGUGUAAUGUCCACUAAUCACAAUUGAUCUCCCACAGCACUUCCUGCCUCUGCGUGGGCCACUUCCUGUUGGCUACUUAAUGUCAUUGUGAUUCCAUUCAGAUGCCGUCACCCCUCCCCCAUUGUCAUGUUAUCAUGUUCAACACCCAAAACCUGCACGCUUGCCCUCGUCAUGUGACCACCGCCCUUCAUUGUGGCGUUUCAGCCACUUUCAGACCACUCAUGGACCACUGCAGUGUUAAGUCACCCCCGCCCCCUCAUGGUGCAAUACCAUGUGUGAUGAUGAUGCAGCAGCUGAGUGCAACACUGGUGCCUAAUUAGGAGCUUUGCUAUGCAUUUUUGUGUUUACUUUGACCCCUGAAAGUGUACAUAAAUGAACAUGUAAUCCAUUCUUAUUAUUUAUUACUAUUAUUUUGUAUGUUCUGUAAACUGUGACUCCUGUGUACGAUCACUGUCAGUGUUAAACUAGAAGGUACGCUUUUAUCACUCUGUUUUGCCUGCCGAGUGACUGUUUUUUAUUGGGGAGAUUUUUUAAUACAGUGCGGUGGCGGUGGUGGUGGUGGGGAUUCAGAUUGUUCAAUAAAGUGAGAGGGCAACUUAACUGGUAAUGGUUUGUGCUGUGUUUGCAGGAAGUCCAGUGGAAGCUCCGACACUGUUCCGUUUGUGGCUAAAUGGAAGUACAGUAAUCCCUCGCCACGUUGCGCUUUGACUUUUGUGGCUUCAUUCUAUCAUGGUUUUUCAAAAAUAAAGAAAUUGCUGUUCUGUGGUUGGAGUAUUUAAACAAAUUUUAUCUAGUUUUUGUCUAAAUUAAGCAUUUUCAAGCAUUAAAAUGGCUAAAUGAACUAAAAAUACUACAAUGACAUUAUUGUAUUCUACACUGGACAACAAGGAACUUUCCCAGUGCUAACGUGUAAAUAAAUUAUGUCUUAUUUUCUCUUGUGUCUGUUAUACUGAGUCCCUUGUUUAUUUAUGGUUCCAGACCCAACCAGUAGGAUUCCUUAUUUAUAAAUGGAAUACUUUUGUAGUUGGACCACAGAAAACCUGUUUACAACCUUCUAAAGUUUUUUUUUUUUUUUUUUUUUUACAUUAGAGCCCUCUAGACAUGAACUAACACCCUAAAAUCACCUUUACACUUACCCAAUAUAGUAGACAUAAAAUAAGCCAUUUAAGACAUAAGACUUGUGCUUGUGUCUGUUGUUAUAAAUGUGUUCCCUUGGCCUCGGGGAACAGAGUGAGUGGCGGGCUGGAAGUGACAUCGGGGGUUCAAAGCUGAGUUACAGCUUGGCAUGGGUUACGGCCGCAAAAGUAGCACGUUUUUAUGAGGGAUUUUUAUUAAGGGUUAUUGUGCCUCUUGUGAGAUAAUACAAAGCUGCAAUAAAAGCCUGUUGUUCCGGCAAUUAAGUCUGGCAUUUGUGUGUCUCACCAAACAUUACACAGUAACAUUACUAGUGACUAGUGUAGAAUACUAAGUCAAUGUCUUUGAAUGUUCAUUUAGCCAUUUUUAUUUUUGAAAAUACUUAAUAUAGGCAAAAAAUACAGAACAUUUGCUUAAAUAUGCAUAUGUUUUGACUAGGGAUGCUCCGAUCAAUCGGUCACCGAUCAUUAUCGGACAAUUUCUGUGGAAAAAGCACGUGAUGGUCAUACGCUGAUAAAUGCCUUGCAUGCCGAUCACAAAAGCAGAUCACCUCGGGCCAGUAUUAUUGCAGCAUGCAGCCUUUCGCGAUGCCUGUGUGCAGUGGAGUGUCUUGCUCUGUUUUAGUGAAGCGUCCCCUGCCCACUUUCCCUUCACACUUGGCAAAACCAAAACAAACAUGUCUGCUGUGUGGAACUUACCUGGCAUUGGUGAUAUAAAAUGAAAACCAAAAAAUACCACUAUGAAAAAUAUCUCGCAGGGGUAGCACGUUAAUAAGCGGUUCGGAUUUUUUGACAUGAAGACAUCCCCAUCAGCAGUGUAGUGCGUCAACAGUGACUUAACCCCCCAAUUGGUUCUGGUUCUGGUUCUGGUUCUGGUCGCUUAGUUGCUGGGGCCGUUUAAGUGAAGAGUUUGGCUUCUCAAAACAAUAUGCGUUCAAAAGAGUAAUACAUUUGCGUCACAAAAAUGCCUCCUCAAAAAAAUCAGACCUCAGACACAAACAGAUACGGCGGCAGACAAACACAAGGUCAGAUUUUUUAA